CUCUCUUAGGUGCGGGGAAGACCAGAUUAGCGUUGAAAUCGUGUGCGCAAAUUCGUUGAGAGGUGUUUGUCUUGUUUUCCAACCAUUGCGUUUCUUUUGUUUUAAUACAAACUUCCACGACCAAACGUGUGAACCAAAAACCCUCUCUACUCAAACCUUUUGCUUCUCUCUCCGUUGAGGGAGAGAAAGAACUCGCUUCAAGAAUUAAACCAACAAAACAACGCAUUGCAAGCGAGUUUACAUUUGUUGAUGAGGACGUCGUCGUUCGGGAGAUGCAGCAGCGCCGAGUUCGAACUGCCGGAGAGCUUCGGCACCUCGUCUCCGACGGUCGGGGGACGCGCCUACGGCGCAAUGAUGCCGGUGUUCCUCAACGACCUCCGGAGCAACCACCACAAGGAGCUCGUGGAGAUCACGCUGGAGCUCGAAAACGACGCGGUCCUUCUCUGCAACGUGACGCCGGCGGCCGCGUAUUCCGCUCCCAAUGCUUCUCCAUCGUCGAGCAGGGGAGGGGGUGACGACGGCGCCGGCGUGGCUCGGAGCCUCUCUAUUACGUCGAGGAUUCGGAGGAAGUUCCCGUGGCUGCGGUCGUUGUCGUCGGCGUCGGUGGAGAGUGUCGCCGCCGCCGAGGAUCCGGUGACGACGGCGCGAAACGCGCGGAAAAUGAGAGCGAAGCUUGAACGGACGAGGUCGAGUGCGCAGAGAGCUCUGAAAGGUCUGAGAUUCAUCAGCAAGUCCGGUGAAGCCAGCGAGGAGUUGUGGGGAAAGGUGCAAGAACGUUUCAGCUUGCUGGCCAAAGAUGGCAUGCUCGCUCGUGAAGACUUUGGUGAAUGCAUAGGGAUGGAAGAUUCGAAGGAAUUUGCAGUGUGUAUAUUCGACGCAUUGACUCGGAGGAAGGAAAGGAGAGUUAGUAGCAUAAACAGAGAAGAGUUGCACGAGUUCUGGUUGCAAAUUUCAGACCAGAGUUUUGAUGCUCGCCUGCAGAUUUUCUUUGACAUGGCAGACAGUAACGAGGACGGAAGAAUUACUAGAGAGGAAGUACAAGAGCUCAUAAUGCUCAGUGCUUCCGCAAACAAGUUAUCGAAGCUAAAGGAACAAGCUGAAGGAUAUGCUUCCUUAAUAAUGGAAGAAUUAGAUCCAGAAAACCUGGGUUAUAUCGAGCUGUGGCAGCUAGAAAUGUUAUUACUAGAAAAAGAUAGAUACAUGAAUUACAGCAGACAACUGAGCAGUGCAAGCGUAAAUUGGAGUCAAAAUAUGACUGAUACAAGGUCUGGAAAUGAUAUACAAAGAUUGCGCAGGACCCUCCAAUGUAUUGCAUUAGAGUAUUGGAGAAGGGGUUGGAUUUUGUUAUUGUGGUGGGUUACCAUUGCUACCCUCUUUGGCUGGAAAUUUUUCCAGUAUAGAAACAGAUCAACUUUUCAAGUCAUGAGCUACUGCAUACCCAUAGCCAAGGGUGCUGCAGAGACACUCAAGUUCAACAUGGCUCUCAUCCUCUUACCAGUCUGUCGAAACACUCUUACAUGGCUUCGUUCCACCGGAGCCAGGAAGUUUGUGCCCUUCGAUGACAACAUUAAUUUCCACAAGAUGAUUGCAUUCGCCAUAGCUGUUGCAGUCGCCGUUCAUGCGGGCAGUCAUCUGGCGUGUGAUUUCCCCCUUCUCGUGAACUCAUCUCCGGAAAAAUUUUCACUUAUAUCUUCAGAUUUCAAUAACAAAAGACCCACGUACAAAUCACUUCUGACCGGAGUAGAAGGCGUAACCGGUAUCUCCAUGGUUAUUCUCAUGGCCAUCUCUUUCACUCUAGCAACUCACCACUUCCGGAGAAACGCUGUGAGGCUUCCUUCACCCUUUAACAGAUUGACAGGCUUCAACGCAUUUUGGUACUCACACCACCUUUUUGCUCUCGUCUACGUUCUGCUACUCGUCCAUGGAACAUUCUUGUAUUUGACCCAUCGGUGGUACCACAAAACGACAUGGAUGUAUAUCUCUGUUCCUCUGCUGCUGUACAUAGCAGAGCGUACUCUACGCACUCGAAGAUCAGCACAUUAUACGGUGAAAAUUCUGAAGGUAUCGGGGCUACCAGGAAAUGUCUUCAGCUUAAUCAUGUCUAAGCCUAAUGGAUUCAAGUACAAAAGCGGACAGUACAUAUUUUUACAAUGUCCAAAAAUCUCUCCCUUUGAGUGGCACCCAUUUUCCAUCACCUCAGCUCCAGGAGAUGAGUACCUAAGUGUUCACAUCCGAACAGUGGGAGACUGGACACAAGAACUUAAGCUUCUGCUGACAAAAGAUGAUGACAAAUUGCCUUCGGUUAAACGUGGUGCGACGUUUGGUGAACUAAUGCAACUGGAUCAAAGAGGACAACCGAGGCUGCUUGUCGAUGGCCCUUAUGGAGCUCCAGCACAGGACUACCAGAGCUUUGAUGUACUACUCCUCAUAGGAUUAGGAAUUGGAGCAACUCCUUUCAUUAGCAUUCUCAGAGAUCUUCUCAGUAACACCAAAACACUGGAUGAACUCGGGAUGCAGGAACCAUCAAACACAGAAACAAGUCAAGCAACCAGAUCAGACGAGAGCUCCAAUAGUUUUACAUCGUCAAACUUAACGCCCGGAGGAAAUAAGAGAUCACGAAGGACUACAAAUGCUUAUUUCUACUGGGUUACUAGGGAGCCUGGAUCUUUCGAAUGGUUUAAAGGAGUAAUGGACGAAGUUGCAGAAAUGGACCACAAAGGGCAAAUUGAGCUCCACAAUUAUCUUACAAGUGUCUAUGAAGAGGGGGAUGCGAGAUCAACCUUAAUCACCAUGAUCCAAGCACUGAACCAUGCCAAACAUGGUGUUGACAUCCUAUCAGGCACUCGAGUAAGAACACACUUUGCUAGGCCUAAUUGGAAAGAGGUUUUCAACAAGAUUGCCUCCAAACAUCCGUUUUCUACAGUAGGGGUGUUCUAUUGCGGGAUGCCAGUAUUGGCAAAGGAGCUAAAGAAGCUAUCAGUUGAACUCAGCCACAAGACAACUACACGCUUCGAGUUUCACAAGGAGUACUUCUGAUAUAGGAAAUCAAAUCUAAAAAACUUUUGCAUAUUCUUUUGUAUUUACAAAUUAGAUUAUUCAAAAGGGAAAUUAAGAAAUGUUUAGGCCCUACUAAGAAGGAAGCAACUUGUAAUUAUAGUAUAUUUGAUACGCAAAUACAGUACAGUAAACAAUCCAAUAACAGAGGAACACCAUGAUCUGAAAACUGCCAACAGUGGAACUGUGAAAUCCUCCGGUAAACUCUACCAGCAACCUAUACAAAAAAAGUGCGUACGCCACACAAAUCUUGCACAUUUCCCGUGCGCGACCUUAAUCCUAUCACUAAUUGCUUCUUCUUUUUCUCUGUAAAUUCUAAAGAUUAGUUCAUCUGUAAAGACUUUAAGAUUUACAUUAUGUUCUAAUCCUAUAAGAUUGUUGAUUUAAUUUUGAAAA